AUGACGCCCAUCUUGCACGUCGAGGUGCGUCAGCAUGUGGACUCUGUGAUAGAGCCGUGCGCACUGGAAGAGGCUAUGCGUACGUAUCUACAGACCGUGGAAUCCGUGCCAUGUUGCACACCGCUUCGUGGCUGGCAAACGGAUCCAUUCUUGGCCGAGCAUGUGGACCAUGUGUACGUGGACGAAUGUGAUCCACCUUGCUCGAAUGCCUCUGUGCCUCAAGUCCAGAUUGCUCUUCAUGUAUAUCAGCCGUGCCCUAUGGAUAACGUCGACGAAUUCGGCGUGGGCGAUCCCCACGAAGGCACGUCUGACAAUUCUGUGGCAGCGACCUUAUCAGAGCUGCCUAGUCGUGCUUUGGAUGGUGUAUGGCCUAGUUUGAUUUACGGUGACGAUGUAAAAUGGCGUCUAUUGCAUUAUAUCCAUUCUACCAUGCUAUUCUCGGACGCUGAUGUGGACUUUACGAUUAUUAGCUGGAAUCGCGUGGUGCUCUUGCAUGGUCCUCCAGGUACAGGCAAGACGUCCUUAUGCCGUGCCCUGGCUCAGAAGCUUGCCAUCCGCUUGCAUGAGCGAUAUACCCAUGGCAAGCUUGUCGAAAUCAAUUCUCACUCACUUUUUUCGAAGUGGUUUUCCGAGUCGGGCAAAUUGGUCCACCGACUCUUUGAUAUGGUGGCUGAGCUUGUGGAAGACGAGUCGGGCUUUGUCGUGGUCCUGAUUGACGAGAUCGAGAGUCUUUCCAAGGCCCGAAGCUCGGCGGCCGCAGGCGUGGAACCAAGCGACUCCAUUCGGGUCGUCAAUGCGCUGCUCACAGAACUCGACAAACUCAAGCACAAACGCAAUGUCCUCGUGAUGACCACGUCGAAUUUGUCGGACUCGAUCGAUCCUGCGUUCCUGGAUCGCGCUGAUAUUCGGCAAUACAUUGGCCUGCCUGGCGAAGAGGCCGUCUAUGGGAUUCUACGCUCGUGUAUGCUAGAGCUAAUACGUGCUGGCCUAGCGCUGGAAACGCCUCUUCCAUCGUACCGUGAACUGGACAUGGAGGCUGCAGCGAUGACAGAGCAAGGGACAGCGCAGGCACUGCGUGCCCUUGCAGCACACUGCCAUGGCGCAUCUGGACGAUCCCUCCGUCGCUUGCCUGUGCUUGCCCAUGCACGCUACCUUCGCCGUGCAGGCGCAGUGCCAUGCAUAGAAUGGAUUCAGGCAAUGCGGCAUGCAUGGGAUGACAGUGCUACGGAGGCCGUUCUCUCGUAG